AUGACGUCAUAUGCCGAAACAUUUUACGACCAGCUGUGCCAACCGUCGUCUUCAUCGCAUUCGUCGGAAAUCUUCCCAUGGAAUCGGCUACCAAGAGAGCUGCAAGUGAAAGUUCUGAGGAAUCUGAAUCGCCGAGAUCUGAGCCGAUGUCGAUCGUUGAGUAGGGAAAUGUUCGAACUCAUACGGAGCAAUUGGUCAGGACCGCGUUCAGCUGUUAUGCGCUGCGAUGAGGAGGGAAAGAGCAGGAAAUGGAUUGCGUGCCAGAAGAGAAAGAAACGAGAUUCAGCAGAGUUGACCACGGAUAUCAAGGUGAGUUAG